GGCUACGGGGCGGAGGCUUUAUAACCACUUCGUCGUAACCGCUUGGCUUCUGUCUCGGGGAGGGCAGCUGAGGCGGCGGCGGCGGCCUGGGCGCCGGCUGAGGGGGCGCUGAGGCGGGAGCUGUGUGCGGCGCUGGGCGCCCCUCGCCCCUCGGCCUCUGGGGACCAUGGGCUCCGAGAAAGACUCCGAGUCGCCGCGCUCUACAUCCCUACACGCGGCUGCGCCCGACCCCAAGUGCCGCAGCGGCGGCCGGCGCCGGCGCCUCACCUUCCACAGCGUCUUCUCCGCCUCGGCCCGCGGCCGCCGCGCCCGGGCGAAGCCGCAGGCCGAGCCGCCGCCCCCGGCCGCGCCGCCGCCGCCCGUCCCGGUCCCGGCCGCGGCCCAGGCCCCGCCACCCGAGGCGCUGCCCGCCGAGCCCGCCGCCGAAGCAGAGGCAGAGGCCGCGGUGGCGGCGGGGCCCGGGCUGGACGAUGAGGAGGCAGCGGAGGGCGGCGGCUCGGGCCCGGAGGAGGUGGAGUGCCCGCUGUGCCUGGUGCGGCUGCCGCCGGAGCGGGCCCCGCGCCUCCUCAGCUGUCCGCACCGCUCGUGCCGGGACUGCCUCCGCCACUACCUGCGCCUGGAGAUCAGCGAGAGCCGGGUGCCCAUCAGCUGCCCCGAAUGCAGCGAGCGACUCAACCCGCACGACAUCCGCCUGCUGCUCGCCGACCCGCCGCUCAUGCACAAGUACGAAGAGUUCAUGCUGCGCCGCUACCUGGCCUCGGACCCUGACUGUCGCUGGUGCCCGGCCCCGGACUGCGGUUAUGCUGUUAUUGCCUAUGGCUGUGCCAGCUGCCCAAAGCUGACCUGUGAGAGGGAAGGCUGCCAAACUGAGUUCUGCUACCACUGCAAGCAAAUAUGGCAUCCAAAUCAGACAUGCGAUAUGGCCCGUCAGCAGAGGGCGCAGACAUUGCGAGUUCGGACCAAGCACACUUCAGGUCUCAGUUAUGGGCAAGAAUCUGGACCAGCAGAUGACAUCAAGCCAUGCCCUCGAUGCAGUGCUUACAUUAUCAAGAUGAAUGAUGGAAGCUGUAAUCAUAUGACCUGUGCAGUGUGUGGCUGUGAAUUCUGUUGGCUUUGUAUGAAAGAGAUCUCAGACUUGCAUUACCUCAGUCCCUCUGGCUGUACAUUCUGGGGCAAGAAGCCAUGGAGCCGUAAGAAGAAAAUUCUUUGGCAGCUGGGAACAUUGAUUGGUGCUCCAGUGGGGAUUUCCCUCAUUGCUGGCAUUGCCAUUCCUGCCAUGGUCAUUGGCAUUCCUGUUUAUGUUGGCAGGAAGAUUCAUAGCAGGUAUGAAGGAAGGAAAACCUCCAAACAUAAGAGGAAUUUGGCUAUCACAGGAGGAGUGACUUUAUCGGUCAUUGCAUCCCCAGUUAUUGCUGCAGUUAGUGUUGGUAUUGGCGUUCCUAUUAUGCUGGCUUAUGUCUAUGGGGUUGUGCCCAUUUCUCUCUGUCGAGGAGGUGGCUGUGGAGUUAGCACAGCUAAUGGAAAGGGAGUGAAAAUUGAGUUUGAUGAAGAUGAUGGUCCAAUCACAGUGGCAGAUGCCUGGCGAGCCCUCAAGAAUCCCAGCAUUGGGGAAAGUAGCAUUGAAGGUCUAACUAGUGUAUUGAGCACCAGUGGAAGCCCUACAGAUGGACUCAGUGUUAUGCAGGGUCCAUACAGCGAAACAGCCAGCUUUGCAGCCCUCUCAGGAGGCACACUGAAUGGUGGCAUUCUUUCCAGUGGCAAGGGAAAAUACAGCAGGUUAGAAGUCCAAGCCGAUGUCCAAAAGGAAAUUUUCCCCAAAGACACAGCCAGUCUUGGUGCAAUUAGUGACAACGCAAGCACUCGUGCUAUGGCCGGUUCCAUAAUCAGUUCCUACAACCCACAGGACAGAGAAUGCAACAAUAUGGAAAUCCAAGUGGACAUUGAAGCCAAACCAAGCCACUACCAGCUGGUGAGUGGAAGCAGCACGGAGGACUCACUCCAUGUUCAUGCUCAGAUGGUGGAGAAUGAAGAAGAAGGUGGUAGUAGUGGUGGCAACAAUGAAGAGGAUCCCCCCUGCAAACACCAAAGCUGUGAACAGAAAGACUGCCUGGCCAACAAAGCUUGGGACAUCAGCCUGGCCCAGCCCGAGAGCAUCCGCAGUGACCUGGAGAGCUCUGAUACGCAAUCAGAUGAUGUGCCAGACAUCACCUCAGAUGAGUGUGGCUCCCCUCACCCCCAGGCCGCAGCCUGUCCCUCGACACCCAGAGCCCCAGGUGCACCGAGCCCAAGUGCCCAUAGGAACCUCUCUGCCCCAGCUGAGGGGAAGACUGUCUUGAAGCUGGAAGAUGCAGAAGCCAGAGUAUGAAGUGGAAUGAAUGCUCCUGUUCUGAGAAGCACACUUAUGCACCUGCUCUUUGUCUUCCUGGCCUGUGUGUUACUACCAUGAGGAUGAUGCAUCUGGACAACAGCCAACUUGGAGAAUUCUUAUCUCUUGGGCACCGCAGCCAGACUUAGCACGUUGCCCUGCACCUGGGACAGGAAGUGCUGCUAGUGGACUUUGGGUCUCUGGAAGAAAGUGCCUGAGAGGGAUGUCUUUGUGUGAAAAAGGGAACCUGGUGGGAAAAGGGGCAGGCAAUAUGGAAAUCUCUGAAAUGCAAAAUAUCAACUCCAGACUUGUAGUUCUCAUUAAGAGAGCCAUUAACUUGAAUAAAAUCAAGGAAGUUUUUUUGGAGGGGCGGGAAUUUGCAGCCAAGCCUGUAUGUAUUCUUAUCUGGACUCCACUUCUGUGAGACUUGGGCUACUUACUCUGAGUGUGUUUUCACUUGGCCAGAAUGGAAAUCCUAAUCCCAGUUACAAAAUUGUAAAGGUUAAGUGAGACAGUGUACUGAUGAUGCUUUAGGUGAAGAAGGCCCAUUUUUUUUUUCUCCUGCAGGAAUAAGAAGAAAUAAGGGGGAUUAUGGAUGCCAUCUAAAAAAAAAAAGCCUAGAAUUCUGGACCAGAGACUGAAAAACCUAAGCUUAUCCUAAUCCAUUGCAACACUACUGUUUUCUCUCUAGAAGUUAGCAGAUGAAAAAGCUGGUCAGCACCACCUGGAGGAUAACAUGAGUAGUGCGUAGGAAAAGUUGAUUGUCAGCUUAGAAAAUGGGGCAACUUUAAUUUCCUCUUUUUACAGCAUUCAUUCAUUCAUUCUGAAGUACCUACUACGUUUCAGGUACAGGAUGCAGCAAUAAGGAAAACACAAAAUUCCUGUCCCUGUGAAACUCACACUCAAGUGGGAAAAGAUGACCAGAUACAUGAUCUAGAUGAGGAUAAAUGCAAUGAAGAAAACAAAGCAGGGAAAGUGAAAAGAGAGGGGGAAGAUGGAGCUGCUUUAGAUUGGUCUAUAAGUCUCUUUGAUAAAGGUGCAUUUUAUUAGAGUCUUGAGUGAGAAAGAACCAUAUGGAUAUCUUCUCCAGGAAGAACAUACCAGACAUGAAGAAUAAAGGCCCUUUGGAGCAUCAUCCUUAGUCUGUUUAAACAAACACUGACAGCAUAGAGCCCUAUAUGGCUGGAGCAGAGUGGACCAAGGAGGAGAAUAAUAGAUUAGGUUGAAGAAGUGGCUGACAACAAGAUUGUAUAGAUUAUCGAAACAACUCUGAGGACAGGACAUUUUAGGUUCCUCUGAGGCCAGGAAAAGAGGUGAUCUUCAAAGCCAGACAGAUGGGGCGCUUGUGGUCAGUUUUCAUCGAGCUAAAACUGGGAGAGGGCGUGUCUGAUCACCACUCCUACUUGGAUGGGCCAGUGAAAAGAAGUUUGUAGAUACGGUAAAUAGGUACUUAUUCAUCCUGACCUCUUUCUUAGGUACUUUCUUGUAUUCUAGAGGCUGGGAAGUUAAAACUACAUGUCUUAUACUUCCUUGAAACCAAGUUUCUGAAUGUAAUUUGCCUUGCAGAUUACAUGCACCAACAAAGAUGUGGAAGGAGUAAUUCAAGGGUCGACUUCAGCAACUUAGUUGCUCCUGCAGAGGUAUAGAGCCCUUAGGUUUCCUUCCAGUAGUGUUCCAAUACCAUCAGUGGUCGUUUGGAUGUUGAAGGGCUUCCUGAUCCAUAAAAUACCAUUGAUGUAUGUUCUUGUGGUCAGCCUGUGGUGGCCUGGUUCCUCAUCUUCCUGGUGGUGGCAGAGGGAGCAACUCCCAGAGCAGACCAAUCUGGGAGCCUGUCCUGGAGGCCCAGCCUAGAACCCUCUUGCCCAGCUUUUCAACUCUUGUAAGCACCUAAUUUGCCUGUAUUAAAUUCUCAUCAACUUAAAAUGGGUAGAAAAGAUUUGUUCCCUGCAGUUACUGAGCCCUGACGGAUACAGUAUUUGGUUCCAGGAUUGGUUAUAGACAAUAGGCCCUCAAACAUGGUUAAUUAUGAAUUGAUCAGUUAUGACUAAGUUGGAUUAGAAGGAAAUGAUAUAGUUGGCACUGGAAAGUGGCAGACUAAUAGGCAAAAAUUACAUACAUUCUUGGUUAUGUUGGAUUGAAUGUCUUUUGGAUAAAAGACUUUGAUAGACCAAGUGGCUGCAACAGACCAUCGUUUAAGAAAUUACUCAAGUGGAGGUGGCUUAUGCUAGAGAGGCUAAAGAAAGAAAAUGUAAAGCGCAAGAGUUUAUUAUUUUUUUGUUUUGUUUUUAGGGCCACAUCCACAGCAUAUGGAGGUUCCCAGGCUGGGGGUCAAAUGGGAGCUGUAGCUGCCGGCCUACGCCAUAGCCACGGCAAUGUGAGAUCCAAUCCGCAUUUGUGACCUACAUCACAGCUCACGAGCAACGCCAGAUCUUUAACCCACUGAGCGAGGCCAGGGUUUGAACCUGCAUCCUCAUGGAUACUAGACAUUUGUUUCCACUGAGCCACGAUAGGAACUCCUCAAGAGUUUUAAAUUUUCAACCCAAAGCUGUACCUUGUAGCCACAAGUCUAAUGUACAGGAAAAUCAGCUAGAGAUUCUGGAUUAUUGAAUUACAACAUAAGUUAAAUUCUUAACCUUAUCAGGUCUCUUAUGUGAAAAUUGGCAUUGUUUGGGAGAGUAAAAUGAAAAAUGGGGAUGUUUGAGUAGAUCUGGAUAAAUCCUAGUGUUCUGAACCUACAGAUUCCACUUAGCUUCUCUAACCAGCAGAAGCAGUCCUUCUUCCCCUUGCUAAUAGGCUAGUCCUAUCUCACUUGAAGACCCUGGGGUAGUUGCCUUGAAAUGCUUUGAUGUCUCUUCUCAUGUACUUCUCAUGUCCCACCCAUACCCCAUGUUGCUACCAGGUCUGUGACUAGAAUCAGAUUCCAAUAUGCCUCAGAAAGGCAACCCCAGGGAGUUCCCAUUGUGGCACAGCAGAAAGGAAUUUGACUAGUAUCCAUGAGGAUGCCGGUCCUAUCCCUGGCCUCCCUCAGUGAGCUUGAGAACUUCCAUAUGCAGAGGUUUAGGCCCUAAAAAGAAAAAAAGAAAGAAAGGCAACUCCAAAUCUGACCUGAGAGAAGAUGGCUUUCAGAAUGGUAAGAUGUUGCUAAUUUGAUUUUUUUUUUCCUUUGAGGCUGCACCCACAGCAUGUGGAAGUUCUCAGGCUAGGGAUCUAAUUGGAGCUACAGCUGCCGGCCUACACCACAGCCACAGCAACAAGGGAUCCGAGCUGUGUCUGCAAUGCCAGAUCUUUAACCCACUGAGCGGGGCCAGGAUAUGAACCCACAUCCUCAUGGUUCCUAGUUGGGUUCAUUAACCACUGAGCCAUGAAGGGAACUCCCAAGAUGUUACUAAUUGAAUCAGUAGAAACCUGGGGAAUGUGUGUGGACUGGAUUCCAAAGGUAUUAGACCAGGGAGAAAACAAUUUUAUAUCAUUUGGGUUGAAUUGAUUAAUAUGGGCAGUCUAGAGAGUCUGGGUUCAAUAUUUUGGCUUUAGCAGCUAAGAGUAGCUCUUGGUUGGUUGGAGGAAACCUGGACUUAGUGGACUACACGCAAAUAAAUUGAAACGCUAAAAAUUCCUUAGUACAGCCUUAGAAGAUGAGUCCAAAAACAUAUUAAGAUAGAAAUGUUGGUAUAGAUUUAUCAUGUGUGUGACCAACUCAUCUCCUGAUUUUGCCCUCCAGAAUUGCUCAAGGGACGUUCCUGACAAGGAAUUGGGAAGGACAUAGGUAAGGGGAACACCUUACCUUGAAAGUGCUGCAGUGUAUAUCCCGAAUAGGCUGGGGAUGAAGCUAAGAGAUGCUGCCAUUGAAAUGGAAUCCCAGGAGUUCCCACUGUGGCACAACAGGAUCAGCAGCAGCAUCUUGGGAAUGCUGGGACUCAGUUUCCAUCCCCAGUCUGGCACAGUGGGCUAAGGAUCCUGCAUUGCUACAGCUGCAGCUUAGGUCUUGACUGCGGCUUGGAUCUGAUCCCUGACCCAGGAGCUCCAUAUGCCUCAGGGUGGCCAAAAAAAGGAAAAAGGAAAAAAAAAAAAAAAUGGAAUCCCUGAUGUCAGUAGGGAUCCUGGAAUUGCAGGAGCCAGGGGGCAGUACUAAGGCAACAGAGCAGGAAUGAUGAAAUAUAAUCUACUAAGGCCCUGCUUGGUUUGUAUAACACAAAAUAAAAAUCCAGGUCUGGCAAAGAGGCCUAUUUUAAGUUACCAAGAUGGAGAGUUAUGGACACUCACUAAAUUCUCAGACUCAAAGCCCUUGAAUAAAGGAAUGCUGAGUACCCUGGAGAAAGCACCCAGCAGUGUUAUCAUAACAAUUAUAAAUCUAGUCUUCCCCAAAGGAAUCUUAAGUCAAUUAACUAGAAUCCUGUGUGUAGGUUAAUGGAAAUUCCCAGGCCUCUAGGGAAUGCUUGGAAAUUGAUCUUAAGCCAGUACUGAUCUCAAGGGACCUAAAAGAUCUUUGUGGACAACUAGUGGCACAGAGGAUUAAGAAUCUGGCUGCAAUAGCCCGGGGUGCUGUGGAGCCUUGGGUUCCAUCCCUGGACCGGCACAGUAUGUUAAAGGAUCUGGUGUU